GGUUGGACAUUCAUAAACAUACAGAACGUCUUGAAGAUCACUCGUCCGUCAUGAUACGUUAUAUUUUAUUAUUUUUACAUGGUAUAACAGUGAUAACAGCUCUAAAUUUGGAUUAUCUCGACCCAACGAAACUUCAGACAAGAACUACAGCCGCUGUGCAGCAAGAAACUGCACUGAACAUAAUAAGAAAAUAUGUGCCAUCCGAUAAUAAUAAUAUAAUAGUGGAGGUGAAUACUCUUUUAUUCAACGGCAAUAAAGACACAUUCUCGAUCAGGACAAGCCAAGGACAAUUGCGGAUAAGAGCUAGCACAGGUGUCGCAGCACUGUGGGGAUUUAAUUACUACUUAAAGAAAUACUGCAAGUCUCAUAAAGGAUGGCAAGUUCAACGUAUCUCGUUGCCAGAUGUGUUGCCAGAGGUGGACGAGACGGUGACAGCCAACGAUCGAUUCCGUUAUUACCAAAAUGUGUGCACGGCGUCUUACAGUUUUGUGUGGUGGACUGUUGAGGACUGGAAAAGUCAUGUCGAAUGGAUGGCGUUGAAUGGUAUCAACUUAUCGUUGGCACCCGUCGCUCAAGAAGCUGCUUGGACCCGCAUAUACAAACAGAUUGGCAUGACUCAAGAGGAAAUAGACAACCACCUAACGGGGCCAGCGUUCUUGUCUUGGUUACGAAUGGGCAACUUGCGCGGGUGGGGAGGCCCGCUAUUUCAAUCUUGGCAUGAUCGACAAAAGGACAUUCAAUAUGCCGUCGUGGAUUUAAUGUUCAAACUUGGUAUUGUACCCGUUUUCCCAGCAUUCAACGGUCACGUCCCUAAAGCUUUCUCGCGGAUUUAUCCAAAUACAACAUUUUACAAGGUAAACACUUGGAAUGAUUUCAGCACAGAGUACUGUUGCGGCCUGUUUUUGGACCCAAAUGAACCUCUAUUCAAGACGAUAGGUACAUUGUUUUUGAAAGAAAUCAUCGCUGACAGUGGAUCUAGUCACAUAUAUACCGCGGAUCCAUUUAAUGAGAUUAGUAUUUCAUCUUGGUCUACACCUUUUAUCCAGAAAACAGCAAUGUCGAUAUUUUCUACAAUGACUCGAACCGAUGAAAAUGCUGUUUGGUUACUGCAGAACUGGAUGUUUGUUCACGAUCCAGUUCUAUGGCCCAAAAAUAGAGUAAAGGCAUUGCUCUCUUCUGUACCUAAUGGCCGGAUGUUGAUCCUAGACCUUCAAUCCGAACAGUGGCCACAAUACAAUUUUUAUGAAAUGUACUUCGGUCAACCUUUUAUUUGGAGUAUGCUGCACAAUUUUGGAGGAACUUUAGGCAUGUUUGGAAGUAUGGAUAUUAUAAAUACAGUUGUGUAUGAGGCGAGAUCCAGUAAAAAUAGUACUAUGAUUGGAAUCGGACUCACACCGGAAGGUAUUAACCAAAAUUAUGUUGUAUACGACCUGAUGUUGGAAUCCGCAUGGAGAAAAGGUCCAGUGCGUGACCUCGACGCCUGGGUCGGUGAUUAUGCCGAAAGACGAUAUGGCUGUAACGACACUGCAAUCGCUUGGAAAUAUUUAUUAAAAAGUGUUUAUAAUUUCAAUGGACUAAAUCGAAUCAGGGGUAAAUAUGUCAUCACACGUAGACCAAGUUUCAGAAUUAAACCGUGGGCGUGGUACAAAAGCAGGGAUUUAUUUGAAGCUUUUAAAAGGUUUGUUUUUGUAAACAACCCUGAUUGUAACACUCCUGGCUUUUACCAUGAUUUGGUCGAUGUUACCAGACAAGCUUUACAAUACAGAGCCGAGCAGUUGUAUUCCAGGCUUUUGAUUGACCGAUAUUCAAAUAGUUGGGUCUUCAACGCGUCCAUAAACCGUUUCCUUGACGUGAUGUCAGAUAUAGAGAAUAUUUUAUAUACAAACGACGAUUUCUCUGCAAAUCUGUGGGUGUCGAAAGCUACUGAUCUAGCGAGGGCACCGAAUGAAAGUUACCACUAUGCAUUAAAUGCACGAAAUCAAAUAACAUUAUGGGGCCCAAACGGUGAAAUCAGUGAUUAUGCUUGUAAACAAUGGCGGGAGCUUUUUACAUAUUAUUACAUUCCGAGAUGGAGAAUGUUUUUAUCAGCCGCAUUGGACGCUAAAGUGAAAAGAGAGCUUUGGGAUGAGCAAAGCGUGCAAGAGAUUAUAAAGUCUGAAGUUGAGGAACAAUUUCUUAAUGCAGAAAUUCGACAUGCAUACCUUUCUAAUGACGCACAGAGCCUGGCUUUAAAUCUGUACAAAAAAUGGGCACUUGUUCCAAAUUUAGAUGAUCUUCCUCUUAAUAUAAUAGAACGAGACCCCGAAAUGAAGACUACGUGGCCUGAUACAAUAGACAGCGAAAUAACUCCGGGAACAAGCCCCACGGUGAUUAUGUGGCAAUCGACUACAUCUAACUAGUAGUAAUAUUUAAGCUUUACUGUCACACUUGUGACCUUAGAUUAUAUAAUGUUGCCAUACAAAUGCUUCACCAAAAACAGGUCAACUUUAUUUCAUCUAUGUAUGCGUGAUUUAGGUUAUUAUAAUAUAUAUUUACUACCGAGUGUAUGGAAUAAGCUAUAUUGUAAGGUUGUGUUAAAAAAUAAAGACGAUGCAAAUUUCUUACGAAUACGUUUGAAAAAAUAAAAUAAACAUAACACAAUGAUUUAUA